UCGCCAUUCCAGGAAUCACCCCGGCUCCCCUCCCCACAGUAAGACAAGACAAUUUCACGUGCCGUCCGCCCCACAAAGGACGCCAAGCCGGCCCCCGCAUUGUCAUAUCCGACACCUUCAUCGUUCAGCUUUCGUAACGCACAAGUGUCGCACUUCCUCGCCGUUCCGUCCUUCCUCAAUCGCGCCUUCCCUUCCCAUUCUUCCGUGCGACGUCGAUGUUAGAAGACAACCUGGUCGACGUGUCGGCCCACGAGGUCGUCAUCGACUUCGCGCUCCGCCGCAAGUGCCGCGCCACCGUCCUCCUCACGUCCCUCUCCGCCGCCGCCCCCGUCGCCUUCAAGGUCCAGACCUCCUCCCCUCACAAGUUCCUCGUCAACCCGCCGAGCGGGAUCAUCCCUCCCUCGUCCUCCCUCGCCCUCCAGAUCGUCCUCAAGCCGCAGUCCCACCUCCCCUCCUCCUUCCCCCGCUCCCCCGCCGACCGCUUCCUCGUCAGGGCCGCGGAGCUCGGCCCCGGACCGGCCCCCGACUCGGUCGGCUCGUGGCUGUCGUCGCGGCCGACUCGGGACGUGAAGCUCAAGGUCGCCUUCGGGGGCCGGCUGCUCCUCCGGCACGCGGUGGACCGCGGGGAUGUCGGCGCCGUGAGGAGCUUGAUCAAGCGGCAGAAGGGGAUCGUCGCCGAGCUGCCGCUCGAGGAUGCGGCGUCGCUGCUCCGCGCCGCGGUGGCGUCGGAGAACUCGGCGAGAAUGGUCAGUUUGCUCGCGGAAGCGGGGCUUCAAGUUGACUCGCUGGUGGAGUCUGGGCCGUUGGAUCUGCCUAGUCAGAACGGGGAAAUAGCCAAAGAUGAUCGUGGCCGUUCAGCCACUCGAUUGGUUCAUCAUGAUAAGGGACAACAGGAACAAGAAGUUCAAAGGCAGGGAGAAGCGGUUUUAAUGGCGGCGAGACAUGGAGACAUGGCGGGACUAUCGUCGCUGUUGCGCGGCGGCGCGGCCACGGAUUACUGCGACCAGUACGGUCUCGCACCGCUCCACGCGGCGGCCAUCAAAGGCCACAAGGAAGCCGUGGUCUUGCUCCUCGAUUUUGGGUCGGACGUCGAGUGCCGGGACAACGAAGGCCACACCCCCUUGCAUUUGGCAGUGGAGUGCGGCAGCAUCGAGACGGCGGAGGCAUUGAUUGACGAGGGCGCGAAUGUGAAUGCCGCGAGCGAGAGCGGGACGACCCCGCUGUAUAUGGCUAGGAUCCUGGGAUACCAAGAGAUUGAGGAGAUGCUUUUGAGGAGAGGGGCCGUUUCUUCAGAAAUUGUUUGUACUGCUUCUACAUCAAUGGAGUAGCAAAGGAAUAGCUCUUGCGAAAAGAAGCGUAAUCAUUUUGGUAAACUUUAUGUCGUCAUGCGACAGAGGAAAGUUAAACAAAUAAAAGCAACUAAAGUAUACUAAAAGAAUAUGGACGGAACAAAAUGGUAAGAUUUUUCUUUUCCUUUUCUAAUAUUAAGGAUACAUAGGCCGUUAAAACUU